ACUAACAAGAUGGUCAGUAAUGCCUCAUGUAUUCGAUCAACCAGAAUCAAAACCACUCACCAAUAUUAUUAGUUCAAAUCGAUCAUUAUUAGAUCAAAGUUUACUGAUAGACAGUGAUACUGCUGAUAGCAUAAACCAGAAGUCAUCAGCAUCAUCAUCAUUGAAAUCGCUUACAAAUCAUCCGUAUGAUCCAAUAUUAGAAGAUAAGAAAAGUAUACCGCCGAUGCCGAUAGAUACGUCUAAUCGUCAUCCUAGUACCGUUAAUACAGAGAAACUAGAAGAAACUGCGCAUUCACCACAUAUACCAAUUGAAGCGUUAAGUAAGUAUCUUGAUAGUCGCUUACCAUCUAUGACGUCUGAAUUAAACUGGUCUCAUAAUGGAUUACUUUACAAAUUUGCUCAACUUGAAUGUAAACUUGAUCAAACGAAUAAACCGUUAGUACAAAUGAUGCAGGAAAAUUGUGUGCUGCGAUUGGUAUUCAAUAGACGUAGGCCUUUUCAAAGAUAUUUUUCAUAA